UCAUGUGAUAACCACUGUGUGAUUGAAAAACUUCUUCAAACACCGUUCAGUUCACUCAGUUAUAAUGAGAAACUUAAGAUAAUAGAAGAAGGUGCACCUAAGCCUAAUCUAACUUUACAUACAAAAGUGAAAUCUUGCACACGGCAUUUCAAUACCAGUUUAUAUGAGGCUAUUCCAUGGUUGUGUGGGUGUGAUAAACUAAACAAAUUAUUCUGUUGGCCUUGUCUCUUGUUUUCUAAAGAAAAACACGUGUUUAACAGUGCUGGUUACAAUGACAUUAACAACAUUUACAAAUCUGGCAAACGACAUGGGCAUUCAGUUAAUCACAUUGCUUGUCUUAAAGAAAUUACACUGUUUGGUAAAAACAGAAGGAUUGAAUUUUCUCUAAGCAGCCAAUACAAACAGUCAAUUGAAAAACACAAUGAAGCUGUGAAACAGAACAGGAAAUUUGUAGGCCAAUUAAUUACAGCAGUUUGUUUUCUGGGCUCUCAGGGUUUAGCAUUUCGGGGACAUGAUGAAAGCGUGGCAUCUGUUAAUAGAGGAAAUUACAUUGAGGUUUUAAAUAUGCUGGCACGUUAUGAUUCUGAUUUACACAAUCAUUUAGAGUCUUCAACUGCUUUCCGUGGUUCUUCUCCUGACAUCCAAAAUGAACUGAUACAUUCUGUAUCUGAAUUGAUGACAAUGGAAAUUAAAAAGGAAAUUUCAAAGGCUAAUUAUGUUUCUUUAAUUCUUGAUGAGACUUCAGAUGUGAUGAAUAAGUGUCAGUUGGCUUCAGUUCUUCGAUAUGUGACAGCUGAUGGCAAUGUUGAAGAAAGGUUUCUGCGUUUUACAGACGUGAGCUCUGACCGUUCUGCCAAUUCCUUGUUUAACCAUGCUCUUGAGAUUUUAAAUGAUUUUGAAUGUGGUCCCAAACUCAUUGCACAGACUUAUGAUGGUGCUGCUGUUAUGGCAUCACAACAUGCAGGAGUACAAGCAAAAAUUCGCGAGCAGUACCCAAACGCCAUUUUUAUUCAUUGUUAUGCGCAUAGACUAAAUUUAGUCUUAGCACAAUCUGCUAGUUUUAUUAAGGAAGUUAAGGUCUUCUUUGCUACUCUCUCUGGCUUUAGAACUUUUUUUGCCAAGUCCACAAAAAGGACUGAAGCAUUGGAUUCCCACCUUAGGAAAAGAUUUCCUUCUAUCGCACCUACUCGAUGGCAGUACCAUAGCCGACUUGCUGAAACUGUGCAUGAAUACAGAGAAGGAAUUGAGAAUCUUCUUGUGUCUAUAAUAGAGGAACCAGAAGAAUGGGAUGUAGAAACAAUUUCUUCUGCACGCGGACUUCUCUCUCUUCUAAGGGAUUUCGAUUUCAAUUUCAUGCUGAAAAUAUUUUCUUCAAUUUUUCCAUAUUCUGGCGCUCUUUUCAAAAUCCUACAAACUAAGAGAUCUGAUAUAGCUUUUUGCAAUACCAAAAUAGACGAAUUUAAGCAUCACAUGCAAAGAUUAAGGGGAGGAUUUGACCACCUUUGGAGUGAAAUGGAAAAUGUCUUCGAUUCAAAUGGCCCAACUCGACCCAAAAGAAUUCGCAUUGACUCAAUGAGUGGAGAAGAAAGAAAAAACUCCUAUAAACGGCUGUUCUGUGAAAUUAUUGAUGUCGUGUGUCAGAAUGUCU